AUUUCGAGUGAUAUAAAAAGGAGAAAGAGACGAGACAUCCACAUUUUUGAAUAAUGAUGGCACACGACAUGGAGCGAGUACUGAUGUCCCCGGCGUUUGAAGUGUUCAACAAGCUUCGGCUGGCAGGACAGCUUUGUGACGUGGUCCUCAUCGCAGACGGUGUUAAAUUCAACGCCCAUAGAGUAAUUCUGUGUGGCUGUAGCUCCUACUUCCAGGCUCUGUUCGCCAGUGACUGGAGUGAUUCAGGAAAGCGGGAGUACCAACUCCCAGGCAUUUCCCCAGAAACAUUGAGGCAGGUCAUAGAGUACGCCUACACGUACUCUGUGGUCAUCACAGCUGACAAUGUGGAGAACCUCCUGGCAGCUGCUGAUUAUCUCAGUGUCUUGGGCAUCGUGCAGCGCUGCUGUGAUUUCCUGCAUGAGCAGCUCUGCCUCAACAACUGCAUUGGCCUUCUUAAAAUCGCCGAUGUCUACUGUGUAAACGAGCUGCACCAGUCUGCAUUCAACUUCAUCUUGAAAAACUUCAAGGAGGUUGCCAUCAGCUCAAACGAGUUCCCAGAAAUAAGUCUUGAACAACUUUAUGACAUCAUAGAGCAGGAUGAGCUUAAUGUCAGAGAAGAGGAUGUGGUGUUUGAGGCCAUCCUCCGGUGGAUCGAGCACGAGCCUGCCACCCGAGAGGCCCACAUUUCAGUCCUAUUGCCCAAGAUUCGGAUGGCUCGUAUGGAUUCGGAGUACUUCAUGAAAAUCGUCAAAGCCAACGAUCUAGUGAAGGCCAAUGCAGCGUGCAGGCCAAUUAUCACUGAUGUACUGAAGAUGAUAUAUGAUCUCGACAAUGAAAGUCCACGAUCUGACUUUGAAAGGCCACUGAUUCGCCCGCGCCUACCCGCUGACAUCUUAUUGGCCAUUGGUGGCUGGAAUUUCCGCACAACAAAUUGGAUUGAAGCCUAUGACACCCGGGCCGACCACUGGGUCGAUAUAACGCAGGGGCAGGAGACUCGCCAGUCCGGCCAUGGCAGUGUGUGUUUAAAUGGCUUCGUGUAUUGUUUUGGGGGUUAUGAUGGCCAUAAUUUCACCGAUGCUGUGCGCAGAUUUGACCCUGUCGCACGGACAUGGCAGCACGUGGCCCCGAUGCACUGGCGCCGCUGUAGUGUCAGUGUGGCCGUAAGUAACGGCUUCAUCUACGUGAUGGGUGGCCGUUUAGGCGUGUCGCCUCUGAAUAUCGUAGAGCGAUAUGACCCAAAAGCCAACGAGUGGACCAUCAUCCAGCCCAUGAACGAGGAGCGACAGGAUGCCAGUGCCACCACCCUGAAUGGAAAGAUAUACAUUUGUGGGGGUAGCAAUGGAGCUCAGACCACUUCCACUGCGGAGUGCUAUGAUCCUCUCACGGGCGAAUGGACCUUGAUCGCUCCCAUGCGCACUCGCCGACGUGGCCUUGGAGUAGCUGCAUAUCAGGGAAACAUCUAUGCGGUGGGCGGUACCAACGGGGUUCAUGCAGUGCGGAGUAUGGAGGUUUAUGACCCUGCAAUUAACCAGUGGCACGCUGCGCCUCCCAUGAGACAACAAAGAAGCUAUUUCGGCAUCGCAGUGGUGGACGGCUUGCUGUUUGUAAUGGGAGGCUCCGAUGGGUUCGAA